GACUGAAAAAGACGGAAGAGUGUCUUUUACAGUCGGUACAACACAGUGACGAAUAAGCUUGUCGGCUACUUAUGGAAUGAUCUCUCGUCUGAGGAGUAUAUUGAUAUCGAGAAGUUUGUUUACAACUCUAUUCAAGUGAUUUGUUUUCGUUGAGGAUUGUGUGGUUGGCCGAAAACAUCGCCAAUAGUGCAUUGUUUGAUCGCUUUGUUUGAAGCGGUUUAUUUGAAAGUUACACGCCAUUGAAUUCUAUCUUCAUAGGGAAACUGUUAAUUCUUCUCUUUUAAACUGUACCAAAGGUAGAAUUGAGGGGAGAUUUCGCUUAUUCCGACGGUAAGUAGUUUCAUUUGCAAGAUUUUAAGCGAUCAAUGAUAGCGGGAUAUCGCCUUUCGUAUCAUUUAGAUUUUUGCGGCAUGGCCAUGCUGUGCUAAGCGUCUCUUUAGUAUGGAGCUAUUUUUUUUCCAGAACAUUCUCCAGAUAAUUUUGUCGUUUAUAUAUUGGCUCGUCUUUUCUCAUUUUGUCUGUCCCUUUUCACUCUAUCGAAACUGUUUCAGUCUUUCUUGUCCAAACGAUCUGUCAUGGCCGCAAAUGUUGAUGUUUGUGGUUACCAUGCCGAAAAAAGCACUUAGAAGUCGACAAGUCGCGAUCUUUUCGGUGAUUUACAACAUUCUUCCUAAAUGUGAAAUCUAUAAAUAAGGCAAGAAACAUUUUCUCAGAAAAUAUAUUUCUAGCUUUAAAAUCCGCUUUGAAGGGAAAACAGCUCAGCAAAUCGAAUGGUGGCCUAAAAGCUUCUUUUUUCCAGCUGUCAAAAAUUGAAUAGCCAGUCUUGCUUCCCGUGGUUUAAACUUCUCCCGAUAAAAAACCAACAGCCAUGAAAUUUUUAGACUUCGCCUCCAACAAUUCGCUGGAAAUGUAAUCACUUAAACUCUACUUCGACUUAGUUGUUUUAAAAAAUGUAAUGAAUAGCCUACUAACUUUCAACAGUUCAAAAGCGCCUACGUGUACAAGCUGUUUUCAUUUCCGCAUUCACCCGGACAUAAUUAAAUUUCUUUCAACUCUUGUAAUCCCGUGGUUGUAAGCCAUGUGUGGUUAUGUUUGUACACAGAUUAUCUUUCGAUUAUUCUUGAAAGUGGGUUUUCAAUUUCUGUUUGUUGUGCUUAGAACUGUAUUUGUCCAAUCGAAUUGGAGAAUAAUGAAGCUUGCUGUCAAACACAAAAGUUCAUCAUCUAUUAGAUUCAGUUGUGACAGCUAAUUUAUUCAUAAAGUGAAGAUUUAAUUACUAUUCGCCAUUAAAAGCUAACAGUGGGUAAAAAUUUAUCCUGCUGUGUUUCUUGGUUUUAUAUAAAUCCAAACAAUCUAAAAAUAAAAAUGUGGGAGGUAUUUAAAGGGAACUUGAUCAAGGCAGUCAAAAUAUUUUAACAUGUAAAUGAGUUAAAAAGUGAACAGAAAAUGUGAGUUUUAAAGACUUUAUACCUUCCUCUGUCCUGCUUGUCUUAAUUGGAAGCUCCCUGUAUCAGUUGGGUAGCUUUACUCACUGGUGGUAAUAGUGAAGAGCGACGAUUUAACCUGAGUUGAAUUAAACUAGGUGAAACAAUUGAAGGUGUAAGAGUCAGUUUGACUGAACCAUUUUAAUGAAAAUAACUUUACUUGGUUUGUACUCUUUAGAUCUUAUGUCUACCUCACGGUACAGCCCUACAGAGAGUAGUUACUGGUCAUCACCUAGAUUGAAAAUACCUAUUAAGGCUGUUAACCUUGACUUGAAUCACAAUGUCGCAGUUUCACAAGCAACAGCACCCAGCAAGUCUCUGAGUGAAUCAUCUUCUCCCCAGCUCUGGCACAAAGGUACUCAACACUUCCUCUCAUUUGUAGGAUAUGAAAGUGUUAAAACAGAGAGUAAUGCAUAUAAAUUGUAAAAACAUUUUGUAGAACAUUAUUUUUAGUUUUUUAAUAAUUAUAUAUUUGAAAUAGUGUGAGAUAUUUGUAUGAUAGCAUUAUAUGAACAUCAUCAAUUUGUAUUAAAAACUUCCUGUCAUAUAUAUUAAACAUUUGCUUCUCAUAUGGUGCAUAAAAUUAAAUUUUGCGAGACACUACUUCGAGUUAAAUUUGCAGAAUGGCAGUGUUAUUAAAUGCUUAGUAUGAUCUUGAAUUUAUGAUAAUAAUCAAACAAAAUGUUUCCCAAUAAAAUAGCUGUGGCUCACUUCAAUUAUCACUUAUGAAAAUUAUACUCAAAGUAUGAUGAUUGUUUUGAAUUUUUUCGGUUUUGUUUCCAGUUUCAAACACAGAUCAUGUCGAAGUUCAAAGACUUCCUGAAAAAAACCAACCAGCUCACAGUGGUUCAUUAAAAACAAGACAGAAACAUAUGACAAGAAAAUACAGUGAUAGUACUGAGCUAGCAGAGCUAUUGGCUGAACACCAAGGGCGGCAAUUAAGGAGUAUGCAGAGUAUUAACACUGGAAUACAGCAGCCUUGGGGAUCAAGCUCAAGACCUAAUGAACUUCACAUUCAAACAAAUGCCUGUGACAAUGGAUUUACUGGCUACACCGGACAAAUGCCAUUAAAUAAUGGAACAGUGAUCCAAGCAAGUCAUACUAUGCCCACAGGUGAAGUUUUGCAGUAAGACUAAAUCUUUGUACUUUAAUAGAGGCUAUAUAAGAUUGUUAAAACCACCAGCACCAAUUUUUCUAUUUUAGAAAGGCAGCGUUAAAAUUAACAUGCAAACUCAUAGGUUCACAACCAAACUUACUCAUUAAAUAGUGCUGUUGUCAAUCAGUAUUGGUACUAACAAAGCAGAAGCAACCAAAUUAAAUAAAAAUAACCAAGAAUCUAGUCUCUAGAACCUUCUGAACAUUUUGCUUUGUGAACACAUUUUGAAUAACCUGUUAUGCAUCUCCAUUGCUGAUAAGUUUAUAUGUUACAGAAAAGUGCCAUAACUAUUUUAGUUUCUGUUUUUAUAGGGAUGUCAGUCCCAUCAACCAGGUCUACAAUUUCAUCUGGAUACUCUGCACCCCAUGGUCACAUCACAAAUGCUUUAACCUCACAUCGACAUAGCCCCCUUAAUCUGAUUGGAGAGGGUUACACAAGCUCAUCAAGCUCACCUUCUAGAUCCAUUAGCCCAUCCAGUGAGGACAAUGACAAGUGGAGCUCAUACCUGAGAGCAAAAGAUGAGCUUAUUGGACAAAAAGAUCAGAUAAUAGAUAGGUAGAGUACUUCUUUAGAUUCUGUUUCACAAAUUGUAGUAAGUUUGUUGUACACACAUCAUGGUGGACAACAUGAAAAAAAGAAAUGUAUGUCUUUCAGCAGAUGGAAAAGAUAAUAAAAAUUUCCACUAGAAAGUUUGAAUUACAGAAAUGUAGUGACUGAUUGAUUAAAAAAUGUAUCAGUUUUGAAAAGUUCCUGAAAGAGGUAGAAGAGCAUCUGAUUUCAGACUGGACUGAAAUGUGACCUGUCUGUGGUCCAGCAUAAUGUGCAUGAAAAUCUACAAAGCACAGUAAUUGGGUGAGGUUAUCUACAAUAUACUUACUUCAGAAGUGUACACCAAGUUUUUUUUUUUUUUGAGACUUGAUCUCAGCAUAGUAGGCAAAACCCAUUGCAAUGCUGGCCAUGAUUACUAAAAUUAUUACUGUGCAAGUAUAUGGGGCCACCUUAUGCUCUAAAAUGCAUGGUGAAAAAUAAAGGAAUAAAUAGUUAACUUCAUGUAAAUCAAUAGCUCUGAGACAAGUCAUUCAUGCAUUUGAAUUUUGUCUUUGCUGUAUAAUAUCAUGAUUAGCCAUAGGACAUUUGGUUGAUAUUUCAAUAGAUUUUAAAGAAGGAUUUUAAAUAAAUAGGUCUAUUUUUUAAUUGAAGAAAGUGUUGAAUUGUAUUUUCUGAUAAAUUUCAGAAUUCUGCCAUACAAGUUUAAUCAAAUGUUGAUUCUUUUUUAAUGUUUUAGACAAAAGCAGAGUAUAUUUCAACUUCAACAGCAGCUAAUGCUUCAAACAAAUUCAGCCAUUCAUCAAGCUGUGCCAACUCAUUACCAUGUUAGCCGAACUCAGAGCACAGGAGACAGCAGUUCAUUGUCUUUAAAGCUACAAGAAAGUCAGUAUGAGAAUGCUCAACUAAGAGCACUUUUGUCAGAGAAGGACUCAUCUCUUGACAAAGCUCAGAAAAAACUUGGGUGAGAUUUACAGAUGUGUUGUGUCCUUUUUGAACGUUUCUAGUACAUAUGUAAUUAGCAAUAGUAUGCACUUACCCAUUGUCAAAAACUUUUACUGACUGAUUUACUAACAAGUGACUGAUUGCAGGGUUGAAAAACUGCUGACUGCCUGGAGAACUUGGAACUUACAUGAAAUAUAACUUACCCUUUACUAUUUAAAAAUUAGGAAACUGUAAAAGCUUGAGGUGUUGAUGUUUAUCUCCUGCAUCAACAAUCCACACAGCUUAAGAAUGUUACAUGUACCUAAACAGCGGUUUGUUUUGUUGAUUUAAUAAUGUUACAUGACCAGCGCUUUGUUUUGUUGAAGAACUGCUGACCAAUUCAUAUUGUGUCUGACUUGCAGAGAAACAGAAUAUUUGAUGAAAAAUAUGGAGGCCAGCGUGAAGGAUUCAGCUGCUUCAAAUAGACAGGAACUCGAACUACAGAAACAAAAGGUAAAUAAGUUGAAACAUUUCCGUAACAAUCAGCCGUAGACGUGAUUAUAAAACGUUUGGGAAAGAUAUCAAGUUUCAGCCAAAGUUUCUGUAACUUUGAAGUUUGAGCAAAGACCAUGUACAAAUAGUUUCGGGUUUACUUGAAAAGCGUUCUUUACCUCCAUGAAUAGGCGAUUAAACAAGAAAAAGCUCAGGCAGAGCUGACAAGUAAACUGGAACAGUUAGAAGAAGAAAAGUUAAAGCUCAAGUAAGUUAUUUCUUACACAUCGUGUUUAAUAACCCCAGUGUUCUUACCUGUAUGUGACAAUUGUCUUUGUGUGGAGAGUUUUUCGCAAUCGGUUUCCCUGCUCAAGGCUCAUUCAAAACAGUUGUAACGGUUGUACUUGUGAUAUUCUCCUGUCCAAUACCCCUAUCCCUGGCGUUUGGAUUAGGGUGUGUAGUUUAAUGAUUUUCUGAAGUACAUAGAUACUCUUUCCGAUUAAAAUGGUGAACGAAGUGUAGAGAAGAAGGGAUCAAACAACCACGGAGGUUCCUACGAACUCUUUAAAAAACUUCUUUCCAACUUGAAGUAUCUGUGUAGGUGCUUUCUUUACUCUUCACCACUGUUGCCCUUUCAAAGAAGUAAGAAGCAAUUUUUUACAGUCAAGAUUGUGCCUCUUAAUUAUUUAACAAUCGACAAGUUUUCGUAGUUACUCCGAUAUGAAAGAGCGAUUAAACCCGGGAUUUCCUGCCUACCCCCUGUAACUUACCACUUGGAUUCUCUGCAUACACACCAAUGUUUGUGCUUAUUCUUGUGAUCCUCCGCUGACCUCCCAGAUCUCAUGUUCAUCUUCAGGAUUUCCUCCCUAAUUUGUGACGAUUCUAGGGAUCCCCUUCACUCCAACCAAAAUUCCUGCUUAUUACUUUAAUUCCCCGCUUACCAUUCAGAUCUCGUACUUAUCCUGUGGAUUUUCAAGUUACACCCUUGUCCAUUUAAACUACUCCCUUUUUUUUGGUUCAUUUCAUUAUCUAAGGAUCAAUAUUGACUCUAAAAGUCUUCUAAUAGAAAACACUGAAACUAUUACGGCUCACAUGGGAUCCAAUCGCUCUGACGAAGGGCUAACGCUCGAAACGUCAGCUUUUUACCCUUUUACGGUGGCUAAUUUACGUUUUCAACUCAGUUGUUAACACUAAAUUACCUGCUAUACUCUCCCACCGACGCAGCACCACAGUUUCUUUAGAAACUUACCCCUUUAUUCAAGCUAGCUGACAGAUGUGUUUCUUUUCUGUUCCUUUUGUGUGUGUGUGUUCUUGAUAGGAGAGAAAAGCAGAGUUUGGAGCGGUAUCUGAAGGAAGUGCCUACUGUCGAAGAAUAUCAGAAGUUAAAUAAAACUAUAUCCAUAGUAAACCAUUGGAAACGUGCAUGUAGAUUUUAGUGCCUACGUAGCAAUAUACUUCGAGUUUAGAUUACCGGUAACUAUUGCACGACUGAACAGUUACUGAACAGUUAUGUAAAACUCUUAUUAACAGUAAUAAUGAAUUCCUUUGUAAUCCAGUGGUUUAAGUGUUGAACUCCAAAGCAAGUGGUUUGGGGGGGAGGUAGCCUCAGUCGUAGUCAUGACAAGGGGUUCUUCAGCUGGUCGCUCAAUCGAAUUUAGAACUAAAAUGCGUAUUAGCGAAGGCUUUGGGAAGCCUGAAAACGAUGGGAAAGUGGGUGAUGACAUUCCAUCUAGGACCCCUCCCCUAGCCUUGAGUAAGUAUUAUGAAGUCGUAGGAACUACAUUGUGAUGAUUCGACGUUUAAUAUCGUCAAGAGUUUUUGUUUCCCUUAACAUUUCUUACCUUAAAGAUGUUCGUGAUGAGCGUGAAAAAUUGAGAGAAACUAUAUCCGCUAAAGACAAGAAACUAGCCCGCAUGAAUAAAGCUUUUGGAAAUAAGGUAAAGUUUUUUUUUCCUUAUUUUGAUGUUUCUCUUUAAGUUCGGUUCUUAACAAAGAUUCAGUGACUAUACUAGGGAGUUUUCUAUAGUUAUUUGAGUGUGGACAGACAUGAUCAUGUUACCCCUUUAUGUACUUCGCCCGAAACGUAGGUCUUUGCAUAUCUUGCUGCUUGUUUGUCCAAUUGCCUGCCUGUAGUGAUAUUACCCCUCUCUGUGUUCUUUCUCCACUGGUGUAUUUUUGUUGCGUUGCGAUGUAGUAAUCCGCUUAUUGCAGGCCUCUUUGUUAUGUGAGUUAAGUAAUUCUGGAUUGCUCUGGUAAGGCUUCGCCUACCUUCGUGAUUGGUCCACCCUCCCGCGCCACGUCUCAACCAAUCAGACGCAAAGCAAAAACAAAUUGCGACUUAGCUCUCCGCAUUUUCCUGCUCUUCAGGCACCGCCUCGUUUAACUGUCAUUUCUCAUCCUUGUGCUAUUUACCUUUCUUUGAUUGGCUGUCGUGAGUAGUGUGCUUUUAGUUUCAUAACAUUUUCUAAAUUUUCUCACGGUCGGAAAUUUAUCUCCUACGCCUUGGCCAACUUGUCUUCUUCCUUUUUUCCUCAGGAUGAUGAGGCAAAGAAGUUAACAGUGGAAAAUACUACUUUGAAAGAGAACGUGCAAAGGUACAUACCGAGCCAGUUUAUUUUCUGUGCCUAUUAGGCCAGUUUUUGGUGAGUCGCUGGCUCAAGAAGUGGGCACGACACAAGUUUUAAGGGUAGCUGCUCAAAUUUUGAGUUCGUGAGCAAGGUCUUUUCUCAAGCUGGUAGCCUAUCCGAGGCCCUAUUGUAAACGGGCCCACAGAAGAGGCUUCAGCCGCUGUGCAGAUUUAGGCUCAUACCACUCAACCAUGUUUGUUUUCAGACUUCAGGUGUCUCUUGAUAAAAUCAGCAACGAUGGUCCCGUGUCACUCAUAAGCUUUGAAGAUCUCAAGAUGGAGAAUGAAAGGUUACAGGUGGAACUUGACCGAACGAAAAAGGUAAACUGCCAACCUUCACCAAUGCCUUUUUAAAUUUUUUUUUGGACAUUUUUAAUCCAAUGUCACUUCCGCGGAACUGGGAGCGAGUCCGGUCCUGCCUCGCGAGAAGAUUAGGAUCAAGUUGCUGUGUUAUCAAGUUUGCUGGUGAAGCUCAGAGUUUUAGAAGAAAGAAUUGCUUAGAAAGAAUUCAUGUGGUGAAACUUUUGUUUGUGGUGUGGUUGUGGGUGCGUGUGUUUGUGUUUGUGUGAUUUUUAACAAACCAGGCUGUCACAGCCAUUCAGAAAUCUGUUUCCUACCAGACUAAUAAUAGGGUUCAAUAUUAUUGAAUGAAAUGAGUCCACUCGCUCCUUUCUCUUUAUCUGUGGCUGGCUGUAUCUUCCUUGUUUCAACUUUUUUCGUUUGUUUUAAGGGCUUCAAUCUCUUUCCGUAGAUAUAAUAAAUGAUUUGUCCUUCUACCUGCUGUACAGUUCUUUGUGAAUUAAAGAUAUUGGUUUUUUAAUUCAAGGUUUUACCUCAAAAUGAUAAGUUUGUUAAUUCUUGAAACCUCGUUGCCGGAUAAUAUAUUGAUAUUGUUAGGUGAAUUAAGUGUCUAUUCUUGUUCAUCACGUCUGGGAUUGAAGGGGUUGAGAAAAUGAAGUAUACGUCAGUCGGGGUAAACGUUCCUUUUCCCAUUGAUUUGCUUCUCGUUUUAUCGAAAUAAUCAUUGCGACAUUUUUUCUUUAAGGCGUUAGAAAACAAGCACAAGAAAAUGAAAACUCUUCAUUGUCAAACACAGAAGGAGCAAAAAAGCUUGGAGGAGCGAUUGACGCAAGAGGAGGUAUGGAUAGAGAUAAGAUCGCAAGUACAGUUGAACUGAACCCACUCUGUCUUUAUCUUUGAUCUUUAAUCACAGUUCGUAACUAUACAUCGAAAAAAAGUACAAAAAUGGUUGACAGGACGGUAGUAGGGGGAAACUAAAUUCCCAUGCUAAGACAUACCCUCCAAAAAAAAAAAAGAAAAAAAAAUCUGGGGUGUGUAAUUUGAAAAACUUAGCUUAAUCAUCUUGGUUUGAUUCAGUGCCUUUGAAGAGUAGUUUGGUUUGAACAGAACGAAAAAACCUGAUACACUUGUUAGCCAUUAGAGGGUUGUGGAGUGGAUAGCGGAGAGUAUUGCUGAUAAUGAACGCAACAAAAUCCUUGCCCUUGUCUUGGCAGGAAAUGGUUCAUGCCUUGCGGGAUGAACUUGUUGCCAAAGAAAAUUCACUUGAAGAGGUCAGGAAAGCAGUUAAGGAGGUGAGUACAAAUAUAGUUUCCACAUUGAAUGCUUUUGAAGUCCGGUUUGAAAUUUGCACCGGCUCUCGCUUCCUUUACCGCCGUGGCACACUUCACCCUUUCACUCCUAAGAUCUCUUUAGUAAUUCUCCCAACUGUCAGCCAUACAACUCUCAUGAUUUUGGUUUAAAGAAUUUGUUAUUGGAUCAUCUAAUAAUCCCCAAGUUGAUAUUUUUUUUUAUUCUCAUCACUUGUCUCCUUAAAGUGGACUGAUGUUGGUAGGAGAAAUUCUUUCUUGGUCACUCAUGGGAGUUAAAAGGUUAAACGUAGAUGCACAAUUGCACUGAUAUCAGUGUGCUUUUUUUUCGGUUUGGUUUAUCAUGAACUUUACUAAGCCAGAAUAAGGCAGCCACUGCCUGGAGUUCAAUUCAGCUGAGUUAACGCGUUCGUUGAUGUAAGGGAACUGAAACAGAAUGGUAGCAUGUAAGACUUAUAUUUCGAGGAUCGCUUUAUCCGAUAUGAAAUGAGACUGGUUGGAAGGGGAUGGCAAGAAGGCCACAAAGGGGAUGGUUUUUACGCAAAAAUCAGUAAUUCCUGCCUUUGAUGGUAUCCUUUUGACAUUGCACUGUAUUUCACCUCUGUUUUAAAAUAUCUCAUUUCCAGAUUGCUUCUCACAACCAGGAUUUGUUGGAAGAGAAUUUAAACCUUCAAUGCCGCUGUGAGCAGGUAGAAAAAUUGGAUCAAUAUCAGUAUCUGGGCAACUGCCUACCUACCCCUCCCCUAACUCAACAACAAUCAAUUGAUAACAAGUUAGGGUUAAUGUUGGGUUAGGGGAGGGGUAGGUGGGCAGUUGCCCAGAGACUGAUAUUGAUUCGAAAAAUUUCUAUGAUACAUUGUUUUGUUACCUUCAAAGUUGUGGUUUCAUCGUUCCGUUUAGUACUCUCGGCUCAACUGAGUCUUUACUCUGAGUGAGGUCUUGGUCGAAUUUACAGCAUUAGUUCAAUGGUCGCCACGACAAGUUUUUAUUUUUCAUUAUAUCAUUAUUGAGAGUGGACUCAAUGGUUAUAAUCAGGAACUGCUGUACUGACUAAAGGACUAGUCGUUAUUUACCCCAGGGGGAGGGGGGUGAGGAUUUUCAGGGAUCACCUGGUUUUCAGUGGGGAGAUCAGGCGUCGCCAACAUAGUAUGGAGGGGGCAUUGAAUAUUGACUGCCAUCAAUAUUACAGAGCCUUAUGAGGGGUCAGGUGAAUUUUAUCGCGACUACCAAAAUCCUCCAAUUUCCCCUUUCCUCCCCCCACUAGCAGUAUAUUAUAAGUCUUCUAUCUUAAGCCCUGAACAAGACGAUAGCAACGCAUCACGUGAUUGACUUGAUAUUUUCAAUUUUGUUAUAGUUUGUUCUGAAAUUUGUUUUUUUCUUUUACAGUUACAAAUAUUGAAUUCGAAAGAAAAAUUAGAAUCUCAGAGAAAACUUUGGAGAGAGGUAUGAUGAUACGAGGUGAAGGUUAUCACGUUGUCACGUAGAACAUGCAAGGUCACGUUCUCUAUAAAGAUUGUUACUGAAGUUGGAGAAACAUGGGGAAAUGAAAAAUUGGGAAAAAUUUAUUGAAAAUUUUCAGAAUUAUGUAGUUGCAGCUGUUAAGGCACGCUAACCUUUAUCUUACUCAUGCUUCGAAGGUGGCGUUUUAAUUGAUUUUUUUAUAUAGAGAUGGUUAUGGUAACUUCCUUUAAUGCAAAACUUUUAUCUCCACUUCAUUACUGUAGCUUUCUGAAUGUACAGCGGAACUCACGGCUGUGGUGCAAGUUUGUCGGGAAAGAAGAGAAGGAAAAGAUCCUGACAUGUCUGUUCUGCUUGGGCUCAGAUGUGAGUUGGCAUUUCAUCGUUCUUUUUAAUCAGUUUGUUUUUUAGUUCGUUUUGAGCAUUAGCACUUCCUCUGGAGAACGGAAUUCGCUCUGACGAAGAGCUAACGCGCGACACGUCAGCUUUGAAACUCUCUACGGUGGCCAAUUUACGUUAUCAACACAGUCGAUAAAACCAUUUUACCUAGCAGACGAUUUUCAGUCGACCGAGAGAGACCGGCUAGAAAUUUUGAGCCAAGUCACUAGCGGAAAGUAUCGUAGCCAAGGGACCAGUGUGCAAAGAGAAGCGAUAGUAAGGGACUGGGUCUUUGUGCAUUUUGAAAAUUAAUUCCUAAAUUAUUCAAGUUUGUCGCCUACUAUCCUCUUCGUCAAUUCGUUUCUUUCUUCGCCGUAAACAAGCAAGUACUGGUUUCCUAAAACUCACGGUAAUGCUUGGCACAGCUUGGGUAAUUUUGCGUGAGAUGUCUGAAAUUUGUAAGAGCAACUGUUGAGUUUGGUGCGUGGGAAUGCAGAAACGUUUAAAACCUAUCACACUCAUGGCUCCUUUACUUUCUUUUAUUGCUUUCCAGCAACUUCUAUGGAUGAAGACGACAGCGAAAGCAAAGACACGUCUGAUGACGUCGAUGCCGUAAAAUCGAAAGUAAACCAAGUUCAACGACUACGGUCAGAUGUGGAAGACUUACGGAAGUUUAUCUCCGAUCAAUAUGCUGAGGACAUUGGAAAUAACUGCAGGAUGCAAUGAUGAAAAGAAGUGUUUGGAAUUUGUUUCCACUUGCGGAGGGUCAAGCUAAGUGCUCAUCGCGCAAAUUUAGCUGUGGCUUAAAACGAUUGGGCCAUGCAACCUGACAAGGAGUGGUGAUGAUGAGUGGCCGUGCAACCUGGCAGGAGAGGGGUGGCUUAAUACGAGUGGUCCGUGCUACCUGUUCGAGAACUGCGGGGCAAGACUCAACAGGGGUGAUCUUUGCACCAUGAAGGGGUUAAAUUUUAUACUUAUUUAGUGAGGUUUAAAUUUAAACUUAUUGUGUAGCUGCAAUGACGUGAAUUAAUACAAACGCUCUUUUGAACAGCAAGGAUACUUAAAGAAUUCUUUUAUGGUGUGUUAUAUCCUAGAGGUGAAAAAAUCUGAGUCAUUGCCAUGAAUCGAGAUUGUUUUCAAAUUUGUGACGAUCACACCUGUUGAUGUUUUCAGGAUUAAAGCCACCCCUGUCUAAGACAUACAAGGCCAGGGAAACGGCGUCGCAAACAACUGUAAUUGCAAUCCACUCUGUUAAAGGUUCUCCCUCGUUUUUCUUCCAUUCAAGUUCGUGUGAUAGUUCUUCCAUUUCGUUUUAUUCUUGGGCAUUACAACCAUUAGUUUAUAUUUUCUUAAACGAAGAGUUGAGUAAUGCAGACAAAGAAAAGUAAUUUAGUCAAAGUCAACACAUAUGCCGUAAAGAAAUGGAUAGUAUGAAAGAGAAUUAUUACAUUGUCAAACCUUUAAGUAACCAUUCUUUUUUCCGAAGUAUGGUGGUCACUUACGAAUAUAUUUAAAUAUAACAAUUAAAUUGCCUGCUCGCGAGUGGCGGGUUUUUUCUUUAUUCUAUGUGUGGGGUUGAUUUGGCCAGUGCGUGUCACGCGUGAUUUGACCGGUGCGUGAUAAGAGGUUGCAAGAAAAAUGGGAUCAUAAUUCCCGCAGUUCAAUCCCUUUCACUAUUUGUCAUAAGUCAAAGAUUAAUUUAUUGUUUUUUGUGUUUUUUUGUAAGUGAAAACUUAAGUAAUAAGAAAAUAGCCAUCUCCGAAAGGAGACUAAAUUGUGAGAAAUAAA